CGGAAUCAGUAUAAAUACAAAUGUAUACGUGAGCCGAUUAUUCCGUGAUUUGUACCGAUUUGAGUGAUCGUUUUUCUAACUGAAUAAAUUUAUACCAGAUAAUGAAGGUGUUGUCAUUUCUAUUCUUUGCUAUAGUAGCAUCUAGCUUAUGCGAUGCGUACAGGAUCUUAGUUCUUUUCAUGGUGCCAGGCAAGAGUCAUGGUAUACUUGGUGAUGGUGUGGUGAGACAUCUAUUAGAAGCUGGACAUGAGGUUACAUAUAUUACACCAUUUCCUCAAAAGAAUCCUCAUCCUAAUUUACAACAGGUAGACAUCAGCAAAAAUGCCGAAUUAAUGGAUGAGAAAAUGUUUGAUUUCAAGACAAUUUUAAAUAACGAAGCGAUCUUUAGGAAUCCCAUAAAAAUGAUUCAAGUAAUGAGUGGUCUAUUUGAGGCGACAAUUCAGAAUCCCAAUGUAGUAAAAAUACUCAAUGACACCAACCAGAGAUUUGACGCAGUUAUAUCUGAAUGGAUGUUCAAUGACGCUUACAGUGGUUUAGCAACUAUAUUCGAUUGUCCGUUCAUUUGGUUUUCUUCCAUCGAACCACAUUGGAUAAUACUCAGUUUGAUUGAUGAAAGUACAAAUCCAGCUUACGUACCAGACAGUAUGUCAAGUAUAAUACCACCAUUUAAUUUCAAAGAGAGAGUAAGUGGACUUUUCGCUCAGCUUUUUGGCGCUGCAUUAAGAUUUUUCUAUACGGAUGGUAUUGAUGGGAAACAAUUUUAUAAGAUUAUUGGACCAUAUUUAACAUUGAGAGGAAAAACUAUCCCUUCGUAUUAUGAUGUACAAUACAACACAUCUUUGAUUUUGGGGAAUUCUCAUGUAUCACUAGGACAAGCAACGAGAUUGCCGCAAAAUUACAAGCCUAUUGCAGGAUACCACAUAAAAAGUGAUGUGGAACCAUUGCCUGAAGACUUGAAAAAACUUCUGGAUAAUGCAAACAAUGGCUUGAUAUACUUCAGCAUGGGGUCUAAUCUAAAAAGCAAGUAUCUUCCGGAUGAAUUAAAACGUGGAUUCCUGAAAAUUUUCAGAGAACUUAAACAAACAGUGCUAUGGAAAUUUGAAGAGCCGCUUCCUAAUUUGCCCAAAAACGUUCACAUCGUGCAGUGGGCCCCGCAACCUAGUAUAUUAGCGCAUCCAAACUGCGUCCUUUUCAUAACACACGGUGGACUUCUGUCCACAACUGAAGCUGUUCAUUUUGGAAAACCCAUUAUUGGAAUACCAGUGUUCGGUGAUCAGUUCACUAAUAUCGAAAGAGCAGUGAAUAGAGGAUUCGCAGUAAAAGUGACUCUGUCUUAUGAAAUGGUAGACGAAUUGAAGAGUGCUAUUGAUGAAGUACUUAGUAACCCGAAGUACAAGAAUAGAGUGAGAGAGCUCUCGGCCAUUUACCACGACCGUCCUGUGUCUCCUGGUAAAGAGUUGGUGCACUGGGUGGAGCACGUGGUGCGCACGCGCGGCGCGCUGCACCUGCGCUCACCGGCGUUGCAUGUGCCAUUCUAUCAGAAGUUCUAUUUAGAUUUAUUGGGACUUAUUGUUGUAGCAAUUAUCGUAAUUGUAACUGUAAUAAAACUAGUCUUAAGGUCAAAGAAGAAGGAAGAUUUAACGAAGAAAAACAAAUGAUUCUAAUAAUUUUAGUCGUUUCAUUUUAAACGUUAAUUUUUCACACAUACGUGUCUUCUAUAGACUGCGAUAAGAAACUGUUUCUGCUACUUGCAUUAUGUAAUGCAUUUGAGGUAGUUGCUCCGUAUUGUGGCAUUUAUUUAUUUAUUUAUUUAUUAGUAUAUAUACAAAUGUAUAUGGUGGACUUAAUAUUUAAAAGCAAUCCGUCUGCGUUUGUCUGAAAAGGGUUACCAGUUGAGAUCUUUUCUUUCCUAUCAGUUAUUGGUUACUGGCUAUUUAAAUAGUUUUAUUUUUAUAUAU